UCUUUGAAUCUUUCGGCACGCUCCACAACGCAAAGCAUGCCGGGAGUCUGCUGUCAUGGCUCCACAACAACAACAUUAACGCAAGAACUACUUUUUACGACUAGUAAGAAUUCCUGCCAUAUUUGAAUCGCAGUUGUAAGCCGGAGAAACAAGGAGCAGGGAGGAAAUCAUGGCCGGGCCGAACAAAGCACUCGAGUUGCAAAUGCAAAUGCGGCAGAAUGCAGAGGACCUGCAAAGCUUCGUGAGGGAGCUGGAGACCUGGGAGACUGACAUGAAGACCAAAGAUGAGCAGUUGAGGAGAGGGGAGCAGGGGGACGCCAAGCCAAACCUCCCCCCUGUGCGUAACAAGGACUACAAAGCAAAAAUGAGGGCCAAGAAGAAGAUGAAGAUGGCCAACAACGGUGACUCCAGAGCAGAGGAGACCGACACCAAGAAGCCAUUGAGGAUCAAACAGAAUGAUUAUCAAUCGUGGGACAAGUUCGAUGUGGUGAAGGCUUUGGAGGAGGUGGAUAAGGAGGAAAGUCCCACGGAGUCGGACUCCGAGGAAGCGGAUCCGGAGCGAGCUUUAGCAGAGAAGGAAAAGGGCAACGCAUUUUUCAAAGAGGGAAAAUACGACGACGCCAUCGAGUGUUACUCCAGAGGAAUGGCUGCGGAUCCUUACAAUCCCGUUCUUCCCACGAACCGAGCCACCGCCUUCUUCCGCCUCAAGAAAUAUGCUGUGGCCGAGUCAGACUGCAACCUGGCCAUCGCUUUGGACAGCAACUACUUUAAGGCGUAUGCGCGACGAGGAGCAGCCCGCGUUGCGCUGAAGAACUACGACGCUGCUUUAGAAGAUUACCAAACUGUUCUCAAGCUUGACCCGGGCAACCUGGAAGCACAAAAUGAAGAGAAGAAAAUGAAAGAGAUACUUGGAACUCAGGAGCUGAGUGAGGGAACGUCACCUCAGGCAGAUCCCACGGUCGACCAGGAGCGCCAAAGACUGACAGAAGAGCAGCAAAGACGACAAGAGGCGGUUGUGCAAAAAGACAGGGGUAAUGCUUACUUCAAAGAGGGCAAGUACGACGCAGCCGUGGAGUGCUAUAACCGAGGCGCGGAGGCAGACUGCAUGAACGCGCUGCUGCCCGCCAACAGAGCCAUGGCCUUCCUCAAGCUGGAGAGAUUCAAGGAGGCGGAGGAAGACUGCACCAAGGCGAUCUCUUUAGACAACACGUACUCCAAGGCAUUCGCGCGCAGAGCCGCCGCCCGAGUGGCUUUGGGGAAGCUGGAGGACGCCAUGAAAGAUUUUCAGGAGGUUUUGAAGCUGGAGCCAGGGAACAAGCAGGCCCAAAUUGAACUCCAGAAACUUCAAAUGGAUGGCGUUUCCAGCGGCCUCCUUCAAACGUCCGACGGCUCCCAGAGGAGAACGGUGCAGCCCGUGGACAAAGAGGCUCACCUGCGCUCCACUAAACCAAUGAGGAGGGUCGACAUCGAGGAGAUCAGCGGUAAGGUGACAGUACCGGAUGUGGCGAGGGACCACGAGGGCCAUUCCUCGCCGUCGUCUCCCAGUACGAAGAUGAUCAGGAUCCGGGCGAUACCGGAUGCCCCCUCGCUGCCGUCUGACCAAGCUUCUUCAACCACACGAGCCAAACACGACCAGCCGGAGGAAAGCGUCCCUCCCUCUGAAUCAUCACAAAAAGCCCCCCCGAUAAACCUCCCAGCCCCACCCAGCAAAAGUUUCCAGCUCGAAGCCGACCUGCGCAUGAUUGGAAACCAGCCGGAAGUGGUUUACAGAUACUUAAAGCAAAUCAAGCCAGAGGCGUACACGCGCAUUUUCCAGAGCUCCCUUGAACCUCACAUCCUCAGUCAGAUCCUGCAGACGCUGCGAGAUUUCUACAUCCAGAAUGAAGCUGCGGCCGUCACGGCGGACAUCCUGAAGAAUCUAUCGAGCGUGAGGCGUUUCGACACGGCCGUCAUGUUUAUGUCUUCCUCGGAGAAGAAAGUGCUUAAAGAAGUAUUCGACUUCCUCCAACGAGCGGAUGUGGACGCAUCAUCUGUUGAGUACCUCCAGAAAAAGUACUGUGUGUGACCUGUUCGUUCAGGUUGUAGCCUAAUGCUGUAUCGUAAGUGAAUUUCCUCCUCUGUGGACCAAAUAAGAGAGCGACAACACAAAAAGUCAUCCCUGAAUAAAAGUGUAUUUUGUAACUACUUACAUUCUUUCCACACACCUACACAAUCUAAUGAGAACCAGUAUCAUUACAGAUUGGAUUCAAAAUGACAAAAUCUCAUUGAAGAAAAAUAAACAGCAUACAAACGUU